AUGCUGCCAGGGAUAGACAUUCCCUUUGUAUGGCUCUCCAAGGCCAUCGGGGCCUCUGUCGAUGAGCUUAAGCUACUAGCGAUCUUCCUAGCCUCGUACCCGCUUGCAGCCAUCUUGAAACGACUUCCUGACGACAAGCCACAAUGGAAGAACAUAUUCAGCGUGGCCAUCACCCUCUUCUAUCUGCUCGGCGUCUAUGACCUUUGGGGUUCUGACAUUAUUGCUCAGGGCCACAUGUCAAUCAGCCACAUCGAACGACAAAGGAUUGACGACCCAAGUCUUGUAGACAUAACGGGCGGCCAAAUGGUGUUGAUCAUGAAACUACAUGGCUUCAGCUGGAACGUGCAUGACGGGAGACUCAAGGGCGAACUGUUGACUGACAAUCAGAAAGACCGUGCGGUAUACAAGAUGCCUAACCUGCUCGACUUUGCGGGCUAUGUUUUCUUCUUUCCUUCCAUUUUCACCGGGCCUGCAUUUGAGUAUGCCGACUACAGACGAUGGCUCGACGGAAGCAUAUACGAUUCGACGCCAGGUAGCAAAGCAACAGCACCUCCGACCAAGGGUAAACGGCGCAUCCCGCACUCGACAGUACCAGCGGUACGGAAAGCAAUUGGGGGUCUCAUCUGGAUUGGUGCCUACCUUCAGUUUUCCCAGUGGUACAACGUCCCAUUCUUCCUGUCGGACGAAUACAUGAAAUACUCGUUCCCUUACCGGGUCUGGCUGCUCCACAUGCUUGGGUUCGCCUCGAGGACAAAGUACUACGGCGUGUGGUCGCUCACCGAAGGUGCCUGCAUCAUGGCCGGAAUCAGCUACAAUGGCAUCGACGAGAAGACGGGCCAGGCGAAGUGGGACCACUUGGAGAACGUCAAUCCCUGGGGGAUUGAGACGGCACAGAACUCACGCGCGUACCUAGACAGCUGGAACAAAAACACCAAUAAGUGGUUGCGCAACUACAUCUACCUGCGCGUCACGCCCAAGGGCAAGAAACCAGGCUUCCGCGCCACACUGGCAACGUUCCUGACCUCGGCGCUUUGGCACGGCUUCUUUCCAGGCUACUACUUGACCUUUGUGCUGGCAGCGUUCAUCCAAACGGUGGCCAAGAACUUCCGGCGUUAUGUGCGGCCGUUUUUCCUGACGCCCGACGGGACCAAGCCGACGCAGUACAAGAUCUACUACGACGUGCUAGGCUACGUGGCGACGCAGCUGGCGUUCUGCUUCACGACGGCGCCGUUUGUGGUGUUGGGCUUCAACGACUCGCUCAAGGUCUGGGCGCGCGUGUACUUUUACACGGUUAUUGGGGUGGCGGCGUCGAUGGCCUUCUUCGCGUCGCCGGCCAAGCGCGCCCUGACCAAGCGUCUAGACAAACGCAACCACCCGUACCUGCGCAAGACCAUCGCCGAGGAGACUCAGUACCCGCCGACGCUAGGCCUGCCCAACGACCCAAUUCGCGAGAUCGACGAAGCCAUCGACGAGAUCCGCGCCGACAUCGAGACCCGCCGGCGCCGCGGCAGCAUGGUGACCAUGCCCAGCGGCGAGAGCCUCAAGAACGCCAUUGAGCUCAAGCUCGGCCGCAAGCUCGAGAUGCCUGAGUGGAAGCUGCCCCAGGUCUUUGGUGGUGAUCAUCAGCAGCAGCAGAAUGUCACAAUGGACAAGGCUCAGGCGAGGCAAAUUGCCAAAGCGGCCGCAGCGGCGACAGCAGAAGGGAAAAAGGAGAAAUGA